AUGGUCAUUCGACGACACCCCGAUGCAUGCAGCAUCGAUGGCGAAGGAGAGUACGCCUUGCGUUUGGCAAAGUCUGAAAGGCUUCUCAGCGCCCUCCGCACCACGUCAGGUGCUGUUCUUGAUCAAUUGCAGCUUCAAAAUUCUUCCCCUCUGCUUCGCUAUCAUUAUCCAUUUUCUAUGCCGCAUAACCCUUCUUUCCUGCUACCUACGGGGUUCCUUCAUAGCCCCGAUCUCUGCGAAGUGUAUGUUCAUGUUAGUUUAGUUUACGCCAACGGGGUGGUCAAACGGCCUAAGUUGGGCCGACGCAGAAAGAGCCUGAAGAUGAAUAUUUGCCGUGAAAAGGUCACCCACGAAGGGUUCGAUCUGCAGGACCUUGCUCCAAGGAUUGCGCCGAUGUACAGGCUUCAUGAAGAUUACUUGCCUGACCUUCAGCAUGAGCUGCCGCCAGCAUUAAGAAUGCUGUCACUUCGGCCGAAGGCGAUAAACGUUGACCAGCUCAUCGAAUUCGCCAAAGAGACAAGACGACAAAUUCCGCCUUCUCAUCUGAACGCGAUCGUGAUGGGCCUUCAAUCGCUCCAGAACGGCGACGUGGACAAUGGCUCUGACAUCUUUGCCAUCGUCCGCCUUCCUAACCUCAUCAAUCUUAUUCUGAACUUCAAAGACAUCUUCCGGACCACCGUUCUUCUAAAGCAUCUCAUGCCAGCAAGAGGUUGGGCGAUCCAGGCGUACACGGGUCCACCUCUCGCUUUCAUCACCUCUCUUCUUCUGUACCCGAGAUUGGCGACUCCCCUCCCAAACGCCGUCUUGCCCGCCGUCGCCGGCCUCUUCGUCCUCCUCGCCCUGCACCACCUCGUGCGCGGCGUCCGCUCUGAGCAGGCGUUUGCAAAUCUCUGGCGUGUGAUGGAGGAGUUUGGGCACACUCUGGCUAAAUCUAAAACUCCACGGAGGAGAGACGAGAGAGGGAGUGCAUUGAGAAGGUCAGAAGCGGCCCUGUCGAGGAUGGGCGCAGGGUUGUAUGGGACAUUGUCGGGGACUUGGGUUGCACUGAGGCCUGAGCACCUCUCAUGUCUAACUCAAACCGCGCAAGCACACUUCCUCGCCCUUGCGUAG